AUGGAGGCUAUCAAUGAAAGAGUUCGAUCAGCACAUGGAGCGGCGAUUGGAUGGGCGGGAAGACAAAUUGAUCGAGGAAGGAAAUUAUUGAGAGAACUGUCCGUUUCACAGUCAGGACCCACUCCCGAAAGUAUCGCUCAACAGGUUCAAGCCUCGGAUGGUCAUUUCUUCGAGAAAAUCACGGCGGCGAUGGAUGUGGACGAGCCAGUCGAUGACGAGCUUUACACAAUCAAAAACCUCACCAUCUCCGCUGAGCAAAGAAAGCUGAUGGAGGCACUCUACAUCGAAGCGUUGUACACGAUUCAUCACAAGAUUGGAAAGGAGAACAGUGAUAGCAAGGAAAGCCUCUGUAAAUACGUGAAAGCGGCUUUCCAAGGCGAUAACCAACUUCACAAUCAGCUAAUCGAACGCGCAAAACAAGUGAAGCCGCCCGUGGUUUUGUUGAACGUUCUACUCUUGGAGGCUCGAGAUCUUGUAGCGAAAGAUGUUAACGGCUUCUCCGAUCCCUUCGCAAUGAUGGGCGUUGUUCCCGGGAAGCGUACCAGCCCGCAGACUCUUGGCCCAGGAGCGGACACCGAGAAUGCCUCCCCAGGGCCACAGGGAAAACAAAAGGAUGGAGUUUUGCAACGAUUUGGAGGAUCAUUUCGACGAAAACCGAAGAAGGACAAAAUUCGCGGGCCAUUGGAUGAAGGGCAAGGAAUUCCCGCAAAGCUAAUCAAAGCCUCUUCAGUACAGAACAAAACUCUAAACCCGAAAUGGAAUGAGAAAUUUCAAUUCAUUGUUGAUGACUCCACGACUGAUCGAUUUCAUAUCGAUAUUUGGGAUCACGAUGAUGAAGAGCAAUCUGUCUUAGACGCGGUCUCGACUCUCAAUCAGAUCAGUGGCGGUUUAAAAGGUCUUGGCCGAUAUUUCAAAGAAGUCACUCAAUCUGCCAGAGCUGACUCCGAUGACAGCACCGAUGAUUUCCUCGGCUGUAUAAAUCUUGAUCUUGAUAAAAUCCCUCCUGAAGGAAUCGAGCAAUGGGUGAAGCUUGAGCCAAGAAGUGACAGAUCGAAAGUCUCCGGGACUGUUCGAUUGAAGAUGUGGCUGAGUACAAGAGAAGAUCGAAUCGGUGAUGAGGAGGAUAUGUUGGAUGUGAAAGAGCACAUUGAGUUGAGCAGGCAGUUUGCUCUUUACGAGAUCCGGCAAAGCGGGUCUCCCGUUCGUAUGUGGGAUGGAUAUUUCCCUGAUAAGCCGACUUGUAUCCUUCGACAGCACGCUAUUCAGGGCGAUCUAGAUGAUGUACAAGUUUGGAUGUGCAAAUGGCUGGCCUUUCAUUCAAUGAUUCCAAUCGAUAUCUCUUUCACAUUACUCCAUCAAACUCUUCAUACCCUACUCGAGAAGUGGAAACCGAUGGCUUUAGAAAAGGAAGAAGAAAAUCUCUUACUCGAAUCAUUUCAUCAUUUUGAUGCUCAUUGCAAGAAAGUGCUGUUGGAGCACCGUGAACGAUUCGCUCCAGCCAAAAGGAAUAGCGGAGAAGAGUUCAGCUCGUUGAUCAAAUGCAUGAAAAGCCUUCGAGAGAGCACUUUUUUCUCCAAGUUCUUGACAGCAAAGAGGCCAUUCGUUGCGCACAUUGAGUCACUUUUAGCGAAAUCGGCUGACGUUUGGUUUGCGCACUCAGUCGAACAAGCGCAAGAUGAUGAUCCUUGCAAGGAGUUGUUGAGCAUUCUCACUCGAAUGAACUCGGCUUGUUCAAAAUUCCUUCACUUCUCAGCGGCAAUUCGAGAAAUCGCUCGCGCCGACUAUGCUCACAUCACUCUUUCCACUUUUGAUACAUUAUUAUGUGAAUACUUGACUUCUGAGUUGAUGUCCGAGAAGAAAACGGAUCUAAAGAGUCAACUGAGGCUAGCUGCAGCUGAUCCUCCGUCAGAUGAUGAUCUCAUCGAUCUUCUACGGAUUCACAUUUCUUUUGUAGAGCUGAGGAAUCAUCGUUUGGCUAAUAGAGUUCGAGUAAGAGAUGAACCCGAGUGGAGUGAUAUCUUCAAUAGAGGGAUCAAGAAGUUCUUGGAUGUGGCCAGGGAUAAAGCUUUGGCAAGAGUAGCAUUAGCCUGUCAACUUGAUAUGCCGAUUACUGCCGGUGCCAACGAUAUGAAACAAUCGAGUAGUCAUGUCGACAUUUGUCACAUUAUUGAACAGAUGACAGUCGGUUGGGAACGAUGUGAGAUCACUGACGCGCAACUGCGUGCCGAGCUCACCGAGAGAUUUGUUGAUCUGUUGUGUGAAGUCGUUAAAACCUAUGCUUUCAAGACCAUUCAACAACUGGAAGCUGAGGGUUUCCAAGGAGAGCUUCAAGUCUUCUUACCAUCGGCUCUUUUGAGCAUUUUCUGUUCGGCGAUCAACAAUUGUGAGCAUGUGAGACGAGCUUUGAUGGUACAUGAAAAGUUGAGGCUCGAAGAUUUAGGACCAAAAGAUGAACGAGAUCAAAAGGGAGGCUCAAAGUGGAGGCAGCUAAUCGAGCGCCGUUUGGAGGAGUGCGAUGAGGCGAUCUGCUCAGAAAUCGAUCGUAUGAUCGAGAUGUUAAUCAAAAGACUUCUGCCCCAAAUGAAGAAACACGUCUUUCACUUGGCUUGGUCUCCAGCCGCUUGUGCCGUUGAAGAUUCGUUGAAGCCGUUGACUGAUAUGUUGGACAUUGAACUGUCAGCUGUGCAUCGCCAAUUGCUGCACAAGAACUUCUUGCGAGUUCUCUCGAUUCAAGCGGUCUCGGUUGUGAAGUUGUUGAAGGAUUGUGUUGAUGAGAAUUCUGGGAUGGAGCCUCAAUUCUAUCAAAGACUUUUCGAUGCUUGGGGAGUUCUCGUGGAUUUCUUCCAUGCUGGCGGAAAGGGGAUUUCGAUGGAACAGCUUGACACAACCCCGCGGCAUGUGGAUCUUGUCAAAUGCCUUUCCCUCAAUCAAACUCCCACCGAUCAACUGAUUGAAAAAUACUACAAAGAACUUCUGAAACAACAGAACGAAGUGACCGAUUGCAAAUACGGGAUUCUCAACUUACGUGCCUACUACAAUGCAAAAUCGCAAACACUUGUGCUUGAUGUGAUCGGUGCCAAACAAGUGAUUCCUCUUGACACAAACGGUCUCUCCGAUCCAUUUGUCGUCAUUGAGCUUGUGCCAAAAGCCCGUUUCUCCUCUCAGCCCGUUUUGAAAACGAAAGUCGUUCCGAAGACGCUCAACCCGAUCUUCGAUGAGACUUUUGAAUUCCACAUCCCUCAAAAAGCCUCUGCCUGUGCCUUGAUUCACUUCACUGUCAUGGACCACGAUUAUUUGCGAUCAAAUGACUUUGCUGGAGAGGCGUAUUUGGAAUUGGCUGAUGUUCCUGGCUUCUUACCGGGUGGUGCCUCGACGUUGCGACAGUUCAAUCUCGUCUUGAUUCAUCCUGUCAACAACUGCACUGACGUUUUCGAGGUUCUCGGUAAUCGAAAAGAGGACAAAGAGGCACAGGAUUUCCUUAGGAACGUCCAAAUUACUUAU